GAUGGGUUUAGCGUGACUUGGUGUCUUGCCACAGCAUGACAUGACCGUUAUGCUUAUCGACACACAUGUGACGUGUCUGCACAACCAAAUCGUGUAUGCCAUGAGCCAUGAGCCAAGCUACUAAGUACCUGCUUACAACACUCUUACACACACACAGACCUACCUACCUACCUGUACAAACAAAUCCACACAGACACACAGACAGACACCCAUUCUCAGCCACACGCUGCAGCGGCCAGUCGACUCCCUGUCUCGGGCAAAAACAAAAAAGGGGCUAUAUAUAUUUGUAUAUACCCACGCACACAAAGCCAUAGAUAUCGACGGCCCAGCACACACAGUGACGCCCCAAAAAGCACGUCCUCGCUUUAUCAAUCGGUCCGGGUGAACGUCCAAAGUCAACACGGGCACGGGAAUGCCGCCUAGCAUGAAGUCGCUGUCUUUGCUGCUGGUGCUGCUGCGUCAGGCUUGGAUAUGGCUUGCCUGACGGCCUCCAAUCGGCCAGCAGCCAACUCACCCUACACACACACACACACACACAUAUAUAUAUAUAUACCGACACACAGAGAGGGACUCGCUGUGUGUGUGUGUGCAGGGGCUCCUGUGUAGGUGUGUGUCUGACCGACCUUUCGUUGGUUGACAAAGAAGAAGAGCAGCACCAUUGGCAGGGCUACCAUGACCAGCAGAUACAGGAAGAUCCACCGCAUCUCGCCCGUCGUCUGGUACAACACCGCAGUCUGAUCGUUCAGGCCAGGACACACACACACACACACACACUCACAGAUGCGCGCACCACCACACGGCCAUCAUCCCAGUGCACGUUGUGUGCUGUCUUGUGUUGUCUUACCACGAGUGGCCCCAUCCAGCUGCUGCCACGGUCAGUCACGGCAUAGAGAGCGAAAAACUCUGCCUCCUGCGACCCACCAAAGCACCGACGCAUCACACAACCACACCUCUCUCUGUGCUUGUUUGGUGGCUGACCUUUCCCGGCGGCAAAAACUCGGCAUACAGAGCCCGUGAGAAGGACACAACGGCCCCCAGGCCGAACCCAUGCAGAACGCCGAAGAGGUAGGCCUCCCAUGGGUUCUUGAAGCCGACGGUCGAUCCCGGGACAACCCCGAGUGACCCCCACAGGGCGAUGAACAGGUAGAUGGUCAGCACCACUAGCACCAUCGAUUUGGUGCUCAACCUGCGGAGAAAGAUGGGGAGGGAGGGGCACGCGGAUGUACAAGUCCAAUGAGGGAUGAGUGAGUGAGUGCAUUUCUGGGUUUACUUGAGUCGUCGUUGGAGCCAGAGGAAAAAUAUGCCGCCCAGGUUGGCGCAAAUAAGGAUCAGGAAGAUGAUGAACAACAGGGCCACAGAGCUCAGACACAGCUGCAACCAUACACAUAGGCGGCAUGUCUGUCGGUCGGUCGGUCGGUCGGUCUGUCAUGGUGCACGUUCUGGUUGUGUACCUCGCUCUGCGCCACCAGGACACCCACAGAAGCGAUCGUGUUAUACGAGUCAGAAUAGAAGUAGAAACACAACUGACAAACACAGACACCCACACCCACAACAUGUAAAAGCAAAACCAUACGUGAGCCCUUUCUAUCCCUCCCUCCCUCCCUCCCUCCCUCCCCGCUCACCAGCAUCAUGAGCACUUGAUCAUACAUCCUGGCUUGACAAAUGAUCUCCCACGUCCCCUUCCACCCCAUCAGCCACACCCACCCGCCGGCUCCCUUGAGCGGCGGGCCGCGGUGGGCUCGCAGCCACAUGAACGUCGGCACCGAGAAACACAACCACCACAAACCUGCAGUGAUACACAGGGGUGGACAAAUAUCACAUUGAAUAGCGAUGUUGUGCGGGGCUGUGUGGUCUUCGUACCGGACAGAGCGGUCGACAAUCGGUCGGCGAGUCGGCCGUUGUCGUCAUUUGUGGCCGCGAAUUGCAAAGCAGCAGCUCCGACCAGACACAAAAACGCACCCGCCUGCAGCGCACCGACAAUGGAUCAUGAUCUGUGUGCGGCCGGUUCGAGAUGAAUGUCGAUCUGCUUGUGUGUGAUUGCCUCACGUUUCCGAUGGCGAUGCCCAAGGUCGACAUUUCGUUAGAGACAUCCUCUGCCCUCCGCAUCACCUCGAGCACCUCCUGUGUCAGCUGAGGGGUGCGAAAUGCCUUCCGACGUUUCUCUAGCUCCAGCUCGAAAGACUGAGGAACAUGGAAUAUGCAUCAGUGCAUAUGUCUGCUACGGCUUGCUGUCGUCUCACCCCUUGUUCCGUCGAUGUGUCGCCGUCAUCGGCCUUCCCUUUGUUGGCAUCCCGCCACCGCCUCCCAGGAGAGAACAGCCCGCCCAGCGACCGACUCACAAGCUCAAACGAGGGGCUGGCCGACACGUACGACCGCCUCGGCGUCCCCUCAUGCGACCGGCACGCCCGCGGCUCACAUGCCUCUCGCACUCUCUCCGCCAUCGCCCCGCUGCCCUUCUCUGUCAGCGAACGUGUGAGCAGUCCGGUAAAGUCAGUAGCAGCGGCAGUCGCCGGUUGGUCUAGCUGGGGAUGUUGGUCUCGGCCUUCGUGUGCUGACGGCUCGGCUCUGCGGACCUUUGGGUGCAGCUCGACAAGGAUGGGCAGGAAGGCAUUAUAAAAGACUAUGCUGCUGCCGAGCCCCACAUUGAUUGUGAUGAGAAAUACGCCGCCGAGCCAAUAGAGCGACGGGCGGUCGAGGAACACGAUGCCGAUGCACGGCAGGGCGCCUGCAAACACACAGACAGGCGCAUCUUCGUCAAAAUGUGGGGUGGGUGGGUGCAUGUGUGUGCGGCAUUGAGUGCCUGCGUGGUACCAAUGAGUGUGAAGAUGAUCAUGAGGUUCUUGCGCCACCUGCCGAAAUCGCCGUAUCUGCCGAAGGUGAUGAAGACGAACACCUGGGCCACCACACUCACUGAGAUCAUUGUCGUUGCGAACGAUAUGGCCUGUAUCUCCACGCCCAAAAACUCCACGCCCUUCUGCUCGAUCUCGCGGUACGCCCCCUCGCUGCCGACCCAUUCCAGGAUGCCUCGGCCGGGUACACAGGCGGUGCACGUGGCGGGUGUGUCGCAGCCAUUCCUCCCGCACAUGGCAUCAUCGCUGCAGCUCUGCAGAGAGGAGCCGUACGCAUAGCUGUACACACCCACACACCCACACACACACAGAGAAUUGCAUGUCAGAUGGCGCCUUACGCAUUCUGUCGCUCACUCUUCGGCCAUUGACUUGACCAGGAUCGGAAGGAACAAGGCGAGGGCCACCGUAUAAAUUGGGCUGUUUGCCCAAUCAAACAUGUACCUGCCCAAGACAGGCAAACAGACGUGAAGUCGCAUCCCAGCAGAUCAACCCAGCAGCGCACAGACACAUCACAGGCAGCCACACCGCGCACAAAAACGAUGUGAGUCCAUUCGUACCAGCCGACUCGUUCCUUGGACAGCCGCCGCCCGCAACACACAAUCUGCUCCUCUUCCUCCCCCACCACCGUUGCGUCCGCAUCCUGCCGCCCUCCGCCCGCAGUGCCGAUAUCGACCGCAACACAUGUGUUCAGGUCCGCAGCAGCUGCUUUGGCGGAGCCACCGUUCCUGGGCGUAUCGUCAUUCGACGGGCUGCUUUCAUCAGUGCCAGCAGCAGCGGGGACGACGUCCAUAGAGGAACCCAACGGACACAGAGCAGCCACUACGAGGCACCGAGAGCCAGUAUCUCUGCACCUACACAAAGCACACAGCUCAAUUUGAGAGACCGUCAGGCUCUGCCUGUCGUGUGCUUGCGCUGAGUGCUCUUCUCUAGACUCGCAUCUCUACUCUUCUGCGGUGUGUUCUCACGUGCGUGUUCACUUGAGCCGCGUCGGAUUGGCAGAUCAAACGGGAAAGCGUAAAGCGUCCAGAACAGCAAACGUGUGUACACGGUCUAUGAGGGGGAAGUUCACGCGCUCUCAUUCCC